AUGGUGCCGGUGGGAAGGUGUAGAGGGGUGAUUGGGCCUUGGUUGGCGCCGGCGGGAGCAGAGGACCCGGAAGAGAAGCGGGAAGUUCACCAUUUUGCGGGUGAGGGCCUUUUGGUCUCCGGCAAUUUGCAGUCAUACCGCGCCCCCCACCCCAAGAGAACCACUUCCAGCGGUUCUUUCUUUAGACCGUCGCCAGUGUGCGGGAUCUGCGCCUGCCCGCCUCUCCAGCUGCUGCUCCGCUCCCACUCCGCGCCCUUCUCCGGCGGAACCGGGGCCGCCUCGGCCCGCGGGAGGCAGUCAGCCCGGGGUGACAGGCUAGGGGCGCGGCCGCCUUGGGCUGCCGACGCCCUCACCGAAGACCUUCCGGAGCCCCGGGUCCUCCCUGGCGCUUCUCGGGGCUGCGCGCUCCAGCCCCGGGCUCCCGCCGCUCUUCCCCGUUUCCCGGGACCACCGCGCCUUCCCCGCCAGCGCCCGUGUGAACCGUCGCGGCCCCGUCCUGACCUGAUCCCAGGGCGCACAGGGCGCCCCUUCCGUGUCGCCCCGGGGACUGCGGUCGGUCCCCAGGCCCUCAGGGCCCCGCCGCCGCCGCCGCCGCCCGACCCCGCCUCGGUCGUCCGCGGCCGCACCCCAGCGAAGACCCUCGCCGCUCCGCCGGGACCCCGCCCACCGCGUCCCCAUGACGACGGGUGGCCGCGCGGCCCGCCGCGGGCGGAGGCGGAAGUCCUGCCCUGGUGUCCCGUGAUGCAUUGCGAGCGCAACGUAGCCGGAAGCCGGUGGCGGCGGGGCGGGCGGCCGGCGCGCGUCCUCGGAGCUGCUCGCUGCGCGGCCCGACCCCGCUUGGACCCCGGCUCCACCCUGCCCCGAGCCCGAUCGCCGUCGGCCCGGUCCCACUUGGACUCCGCUUGGACCCCGGCUCAACCUCGUCCGGACCUCGCCAAGACCGCCGAUUGCUCUGCCCGGACUCCGAUCGACGUCGGCCCGACCCUGCUUGGACCCCGACUCGACACUGCCCGGACCCCUCUUGGAUCUAGCCCGCCGGUAAGCGCGCGGCCCGAGGUCCCCGGCGCCCGCGCCCCGGGCACGGCUCGGCGACGCCGGCCGGGACCCCAGCCCCUCCGCCCCGCGCGCUCCACCUCAGGCUCUGGAAUCCCCCAUAGUCACGAGCCCCUGCCCGCCCACACCGACUGCGCGGGGUGA